AUGAGUGCAAGAAAGGACUCCGUGGAAGAGUUUGAAGAAGAAAGUGAAGAAUAUUUCACCAGCAGAAAUGAACUAAGCACUUCAGAUAUCCCAGCCAGAGACCCCGAAUACUUUCCCUAUAAAAAAGACACCCAGAUUCCAUCAGAACCCGAAAUAACUCGAAUUAUUUCCAUUUACAUUCCGGAAGACAAAAUUAAAGAAAUAAAAGCCCUCAUAAAGGACGUAGUGACAAAGAAGCCAACAAAAAAUGAAAUAAUAAACCGAAUUAACGAGACUCAAAUUAGCCCAGAAACGUAUAAUGCGUUAAUACUGCACAUUAUUUCACUUGCAAAGCAGGCAUGCACUAAAAAUACUCAGUCAGAAAAUCCAAACUCUGUGCUUAAACUAAAGAAUGUGCUAAAGGACCAGUUCUUAAUGGAAAUAAAAAAGGAUCUGGAAGAUUCGGGUUAUAGCCAAAGGCCAAUCCAGCAAUAUUCUAUGUUCAAAAGGACACCAGAGGAUCUGUCCAGUGCAGUAAGCAGCAACCCACAGCUUAUUUCACUUUUUUCUGCAAAUUAUAACGUACUUUGCUGUAAGAUAAAAAAGAUCCUGAGUGUAAAGGAUAUUCAUAACAGGCUUAAGAAAGGGUCCUUUGAAUAUAAAUUAAGUGAAAAUGUUUCACUAGACACUGCGAAGUGUGCAUAUGCUGCGACCUUGCACUAUGUUAAGGAAAUAAUUGGAAAGUGCAUAAAUAUUAACAGAGAAUUAGACAGAGACAAGUUAAUUGCAGAAAUGUUCGGAAAUGUAAGGGGAGGAUAUUUACUGUACAAGGAUUACCCUACUGUUUAG